UAGCGGGCCGCAGCCGGGGCCGAGGGGUCCGGCUCUCCGCCCCCGCCCUCCUCCUUUGAGCAAUAGGGGCGGAGCCGGGCGGGCGGGCGCUCGGAGCUCUAGCCCCUCUCCCGGCGGUCACCUGCGGCCGGCCGCAGGUGUGUGUCUGGUCUGGCACCCGGCGCUGGGAACGUGGAGCGCUAGCCGGGGGCCGCGGCACUUCGGGUGGCCCUGGGAGGUGGCGGCUGGGUCCAACCCCUGAAUUCCGGAGGCGACCGCCGGGACCCAGCCGGCUGAGGAAGGUCCUGCUGGGAGGAAACCGGCUCUCUCCGCCCCACCGUUUGCAAAAGACUCGGAGUCGAGUUAUUGGGAAUUUGCCACUGGGGAUCAGCGCGGCUGCUGUGAGAAUCACGGGGAAGGGGAUGAGGUUUAAACACUGUUGAAGAGACGUGACACAGCAGUGCAGUGUGUGCGAACGCUGGCUGGAUCCUGAUUUGAAGGGGAGAAGUUCAUGAAAAGUUGAGCCAGCGAAAGAAAUUUGUACUGAGCUUGUUCACAUAAGCAUUUUGGUAUGCCACGUACCAAGAGUAAGAUCACUAAAGACAGUAAAACUGAAAUUGGAAGAUUAUCAGCCAAGAAAGACCUACCUGAGAAAGCAGAGGAUGGAAAAUAAAGGGAAGUGGUGUUUUACUGUAUGUACUUCAGCAGGCCUUCUGCAGCUCCGCUGAAAACAUGACUGCUCUUUCUUCCGAGAACUGCUUUCAGUACCAGUUACGUCAAGCAAAUCAGCCCCUAGAUGGUAACUGUCUGCUAUUCUUGAUAAUACUUGGGAAAGUAUUACUAAAUAUCCUCACACUAGGAAUGAGAAGAAAAAACAGCUAUCACAAUUUUAUGGAAUAUUUUUGCUUUUCACUAGCAUUCACUGAUCUCUUACUUUUAGUAAGCAUUUCCAUUAUAUAUUACUUCAGAGAUUUUGUACUUUUAGGCAUUAGGUUUACUAAAUAUCACAUCUGCCUGUUUACUCAAAUUAUUUCAUUUACUUAUGGUUUUUUGCAUAUUCCAGUUUUCCUAAUAGCGUUUAUAGAUUAUUACCUGAAUUUCUCUAAAACUGCAAGGCUUGCAUUGAAGUGUCAAAAACUAUUUUAUUUCUUUACAGUAAUUUUAAUUUGGGUUUCAGUCCUUGCUUAUGUUUUGGGGGACCCAGGUAUCUAUCAAAGCCUGAAGGCACAGAGUGUUUAUUCUUUCCAAUGUCCUUUCUACAUUAGCAUUCAGAGUUACUGGCUGUCAUUUUCCAUGCUGAUGAUUUUACUUAUGGCUUUUAUAACCUCUUGGUCAGAAGUUAUUGCCUUGGUACAGGCUGUUAGGCUGACUUCCUACAUGAAUGAGACUAUUCUAUAUUUUCCCUUUUCCUCCCAUUCUAGUUCUACUCUGAGCUCUAAAAAAACACUCUUGCCCAAGUUCAUCAUCUGUUUUCUUGGUACCUGGUUACCAUUUGUACUACUUCAAGUAAUUAUCCUUCUACUUAAAGUAGAGAUUCCAGCAUAUAUUGAGAUGAACAUUCCGUGGUUGUACUUUGUCAAUAGUUUUCUCAGUGCUACAAUUUAUUGGUUUAACUGUCACAAGCUUAAUUUAAGAGACGUUGCAUUACCUGCGGAUCCAUUCGUCAACUGGAAAUGCUGCUUCAUUCCACUUACAAUUCAUAAUCUUGAGCAAAUUGAAAACCCUAUAUCAAUAAUAAUUUGUUAAUGUUGCCAUGUGAAAACGAACUCAAACUGACAACUACAAUAAGAAUCAUAAAGAUUGAACUGGUUUCCCCACCACUCCGAAAGCUUUCAUACCUUUUCACAAUGUGUCUUUUGGGACUGUAGUAUUAAAAACAAGAUAAUUCCAAGAAAAAUGUUUAUGCCUGUUCUGUAACACUAAAUGUACAAAUACUGACUUAACAGAGAAGUGAAAACGAGUUACUCUUUGGCCAGUAAUACUGAUUUUGUGUUACCCAAAAAACUACUGGAUGCAAACUGUUAUGUAAAUCUGAGAUUCGAUGCCAAUAACAUACAAAUGUAAAUAAACAUUUUUAUUAAAUUCA